AUGUUAAUUCGACGUAAAUUUUCUCAACUAAACCUUGAUCGGCCGAAAGUAAAUAUGAACACCACUUCGUCAAUCAGACUGAUGUCACUUCGCUCGUUAUUACAACAAUCUAUUGAAACUAAAUUUAUUUGGCUAUUUCAAAGUAACACAAAAUUAUUGGAUAGGAUACAAUGCUACGAAUGGAUUCCAUACUCUGAUGAAAUAUUGUUAUCCUUAGAAAAUGCUUUCAAAAAAGGUGCUGACAAAAUAUUUAUUGACGAAGUUCAUCACAUCGAUUUUAUUGAAUUGUUAGAGUUAUCGAUUAAUGAUCCAACACAUCGACGGCCAGUUCGACGAUGUCUCAUGAAUGAAUCUUCAGAAAUUGAAAGAAGAUUAAACGUCGAUUUUUUUCGUUGUGACCGAUUAUCAUUUCCUUUGCUUAUGAAUUUACAACAGAAUACUUUUGUGGACACAGCUUAUCAUGGUUCAAAAUUCGUUCGAGAUUGGCUAUUGAAAUUUACAAAUGGAAAACUGGAAGUGAAAUAUGAUCAUAUCUUUCCUGCUCUUAUCGAAGGCUUGAUAUUCGAAGGACGUAAUGAACCUAGAACUACUGUCGAUGAAAUUAUACGUAUGUUAAAUUCAAGUAAAGAUGAAUCUUUGAAAGCGGAUGAACAUAAAAGAAUGAAAAAUCUACAAGAUUGUUGUAUCAAACUAUAUACAAAACAAUGUUUUCUCUUUCGAUUAGUCAAUACUGCAUUACGAGAUGAUGAUCGGACGAAACUUGAUACACUCGGUCCUUAUUGUUAUCUUGUUUACAGUUGUAUUGGUCGUCCUAUGAGUAAGCAACGCCUUUUACAAAAAUUGAAUCGCAAGAAAUCUAAAACAAUGACUGUCUAUCGUGGAGAUUAUGCUCCACGUAAAAUGAUUGAAGAAUAUCGACAAGCAGUGGGUCAAAAAGACAAAUAUUUUAAAUGGUUGCCAUUUGUUUCGACAUCAAUGGAUCGCCUGGUUGCCGAACUUUUUGCGUUAAAUGUUUUCUAUAUCAUUGCAAUUAAAAGGUACUUAUCCAUGGAUCAAUACGCAGAUCUGGAAAAAAAUACAUAUUUUGAGAGUGAACAAGAAGUUAUACUAAAGCCUGGAACACGAUUCCAAGUGAUCAGUAUAGAUGUUGAUGAUGUUUCUGGUCGACAAGUUGUGCAUAUAAAAAUAAUCCCAUCAUAUAUAUCCAUUUUGCGAUAA